AUGCUUCAAAUUGAAACAUUAGAUGAAAAUGUUACAAUAGAUGUUGGUUCUAUCAAGAAUGAAAUACGAGCAGAUGACAGCAAUGUUUUAAUGGAGGAAGAAAUACCUAACAACAGCAUUAAAAAAUCACGAGGGAUUCAUACUGCAAGUGUAAUUCAAUCAUUUUCAUGUGAUAUUUGUAAUAAAUCAUUUAAUGAUCAAAGUACUUUAGUUAAACAUAAACGUGUUCAUAGUGACAAAAAACCAUUUUCAUGUGAUAUUUGUAAUAAAAUAUUUAAUCAACGAUGUACUUUAGUUGAACAUAAACCUCAUCACAAACUUAUUCACAGCGGAGAGAAACCAUUUUCAUGUGACGCUUGUAAUAAAACAUUUAAUAAUCAAAGUAAUUUAGUUCAACAUAAACGUAUUCAUGGUGGAGAAAAACCUUUUACAUGUGAUGUUUGUAACAAAACAUUUACUCGUCAAAGUAAUUUAAUUGAACAUAAACGUAUUCACACCGGAGAAAAACCAUUUUCAUGUGAAUUUUGUAAUAAAACAUUUACUCAACACGGUUCUUUAGAAAAACCAUUUUCAUGUGAAUUUUGUAAUAAAACAUUUACUCAACACGGCUCUUUAGCUCAUCACAAACGUAUUCAUAGCGGAGAAAAGCCAUUUUCAUGUGAUACUUGCAAUAAACCAUUUAAUCGUCAAAGUAAUUUACUUUCACAUAGAAGGCUUCACACCGGAGAAAAGCCAUUUUUAUGUGAUAUUUGUAAUAAAACAUUUACUUUUAAGUUUCAUUUAAUUCAACAUAAACGUAUUCACACCGGAGAAAAACCAUUUUCAUGUGAUACUUGCAAUAAAACAUUUAAUCGUCAAAGUAAUUUACUUUCACAUAGAAGGAUUCACACCGGAGAAAAACCAUUUUCAUGUGAUACUUGCAAUAAAACAUUUACUCGUCAAAGUAAUUUACUUUCACAUAGAAGGAUUCACACCGGAGAAAAACCAUUUUUAUGUGAUAUUUGUAAUAAAACAUUUACUAAUCGAAGUCAUUUAGUUAGGCAUAAACGUAUUCACACCGGAGAAAAACCAUUUUCAUGUGAUACUUGCAAUAAAACAUUUAAUCGUCAAAGUAAUUUACUUUCACAUAGAAGGAUUCACACCGGAGAAAAACCAUUUUCAUGUGAUACUUGCAAUAAAACAUUUAAUAUUCAAAGUAAUUUACUUUCACAUAGAAGGAUUCACACCGGAGAAAAACCAUUUUUAUGUGAUAUUUGUAAUAAAACAUUUACUAAUCAAAGUCAUUUAGUUAGGCAUAAACGUAUUCACACCGGAGAAAAACCAUUUUCAUGUUAAAUUUGUAAUAAAACAUUUACUCGCCAAAGUAGUUUAUUUGAACAUAAACGUA